UUCCUGGGCAAUUCAAGAUGGCGGCGCGCUGGAGUAGCGAGAAUGUUGUGGUGGAGUUCCGGGAUUCGCAGGCAACUGCAAUGUCUGUGGACUGUCUUGGGCAGCAUGCAGUACUUUCUGGGCGCCGUUUCCUCUACAUUGUCAACCUGGACGCACCAGCGGAAGGUCACCGCAAGAUCUCUCGCCAAAGCAAAUGGGACAUUGGUGCCGUGCAAUGGAAUCCACACGACAGCCACGCAUACUACUUUGCUGCUUCUAGCAACCAGCGCGUUGACCUGUAUAAAUGGAAAGAUGGGCAUGGGGAAGCUGGCACUUCCUUGCAGGGACACACACGUGUGAUCAGUGAUUUGGACUGGGCUGUGUUCGAACCGGAUCUUCUGGUUACCAGUUCGGUUGACACGUACAUCUACAUUUGGGACAUCAAGGACACUCGAAAGCCCACUGUCUCGCUGUCUGCCGUUGCUGGAGCUUCCCAAGUCAAGUGGAAUAAGAAAAACGCCAACUGCUUGGCAACCAGCCAUGAUGGGGAUGUGCGCAUUUGGGACAAGCGGAAACCUGGCACUGCCGUGGAGUAUCUGGCCGCCCAUCUCUCCAAAAUCCACGGCCUGGAUUGGCACCCGGACAACGAGAACAUCUUGGCCACGUCCAGCCAGGACAACUCCGUCAGGUUCUGGGACUACCGACAGCCCCGAAAGUACCUCAACAUCCUCCCUUGCCAGGUUCCAGUCUGGAAGGCCAGAUACACGCCUUUCAGCAAUGGGCUGGUGACCGUCAUGGUCCCCCAGCUACGACGAGAGAACAGCCUUCUGCUCUGGAAUAUCUUCGACCUGAACACACCAGUCCACACCUUUGUGGGACAUGAUGACGUGGUGCUAGAGUUCCAGUGGCGGAAGCAGAAAGAAGGGUCCAAAGACUACCAGCUGGUCACAUGGUCUCGAGAUCAGACCCUGCGGAUGUGGCGUGUCGAUUGCCAGCUGCAGAGGCUGUGCUCCAACGACCUCCUAGACGGGGUGGAGGAGCUCAUCGACGGAAUUUCUCUCCUGCCAGAGCCAGACAAGCCCCUGCCUGUCCAAGACUCUGAGCCCCAGCAAAACUCCAACCAAGCAGAGGAGGAAGCCUUAAAAGAAGAAUCCCAGCACAGCCUCUUGGUGGGGAAGAAACUGGACCAGCUGGGCCUGCCACAAACCUUGCAGCAGGAAUUCUCUCUGAUCAACGUGCAGAUUCGAAAUGUGAACAUGGAGAUGGAUGCCGUCAAUCGCAGCUGCACAGUUUCCGUGCACUGCAGCAACCACCGGGUCAAGAUGCUGGUGAUGUUCCCUGCGCAGUAUCCCAACAACGCCGCUCCUUCCUUUCAGUUCGUCAAUCAGACCACCAUCCCCUCCACUAUGAAGGUCAAGCUGUUGAAGAUCCUGAAGGACACAUCCAUGCAGAAAGUGAAGCGGAACCAGUGCUGCCUGGAGCCGUGUCUGCGCCAGUUGGUUUCCUGCCUGGAGUCUGUCGUGAACCAAGAGGACAACAAUUCCAGCAACCCUUAUGUGCUCCCAAACUCCGUCACUCCUCCUUUGCCAACCUUUCCCAGAGUCUCCAAUGCUUACGGCUCCUAUCAGGAUUCCAACAUCCCUUUCCCACGUACCUCUGGAGCCCGGUUCUGUGGGGCAGGGUACUUGGUAUACUUCACCAGGCCGAUGACAAUGCACCGAGCGGUCUCGCCUACCGAACCAACCCCCAGAUCCUUGUCAGCACUCUCUGCCUACCACAAUGGCCUCAUCACUCCCAUGAAGAUGCGUACGGAGAAUCCCGGCAAACUGAUCUUGUAUGGUGGGAGUCCCACACGUAGUGAGAAGGAACAGGUCUCCAUCAGCUCCUUCUACUAUAAGGAAAGGAAAUCCAGGCGGUGGAAGAACAAACGAGAAGGCACAGAUGCCAGCAACCGGCCCGUCAAAGCUGCUGGGAAGGUGAUCAUUCAAGACAUCUCUUGCCUGCUCCCUGUCCACAAGUCACUUGGGGAGAUGUAUAUCCUGAAUGUGGCCGACAUUCAAGAGACGUGCCAGAAGAAUGCCGCCUCAGCUGUGACUGUGGGACGCAGGGACCUCUUGCAGGUCUGGUCACUGGCCACAGUUGCAACCGAUCUCUGCCUCGGCCCAAACUCCGACCCAGACUUGGAGACCCCUUGGGCCCAGCACCCGUUUGGCCGCCAGCUCCUGGAAUCUCUGGUGGCCCAUUAUUGCCAGCUCCACGACGUGCAGACCCUGGCUAUGCUGUGCAGCGUCUUUGAGGCUCAGUCCCAUCCUCAGGGAGCUCCACUUUCCUCUGGACUGUUCCCACUGCGCUCCUCCAGCCACAGCCGAUAUCCCAGCUUCACCUCAUCAGGCUCCUGUUCCAGCAUGUCGGACCCCGGACUCAGCACCAGCAGCUGGAACUUAGCUGGCAAAGAGAUGGAGCACGCGUUAGCCUGGGGUGAGUCUUCCCCCGAUGACUUCCGUUUUGGCAACUUGGCGUACACUGAUCACCGAGACCGUGAGAAGGAUCAGCACGACAGGAACAAAAGGCUGCUGGACCCAGCCAACAUGCAGCAGUUUGAUGACUUCAAGAAGUGCUAUGGAGAAAUCCUCUACCGCUGGGGUCUGCGAGAGAAGCGGGCCGAAGUCCUCAAAUUUGUCUCUUGUCCUCCUGAACCUCACAAGGGGAUUGAGUUCGGAGUCUACUGCAGCCACUGCCACAGCGAGGUACGUGGCAUUCAGUGUGCCGCCUGCAAGGGCUUUUCAUUCCAAUGUGCCAUCUGCCACGUGGCCGUGCGAGGCUCCUCCAACUUCUGUCUGACCUGCGGGCACGGAGGACACACCAGUCACAUGAUGGAAUGGUUCCGCACCCAGGAAGUGUGUCCCACGGGCUGCGGCUGCCACUGCUUGCUGGAGAAUACGUUCUGAUGGAGCAUCCCCGGAGCCUGAUUGACAGCGGGCAGAGUCCAUGUUGAGGUCACAUGUGGAAAGCAAGGAGGUUCCCUGAUCCCUCCCUGUCGCUUCUGGGGAAAGUGACAGGGCAUCUUGGUGGCUGCUGGAGUUCUGUGGCCUCUGGCAGAAAGUUGGUCAGUGGAGCUGGUGAUCGUCCAAGAGCCUCUCACGAGCUCUCUUAGGACUUCCUGCCUCGGCAGAAUCUUCCUACAGGGCAAAAGGAAUCAUAUGCAAAGGACAAUCAUUGUAGGUUGGUAAGGUGAAAUAGUUCCUGACCUACGAAGGGAUCUCAGGUCUUGGAAGAGUGGAGCAUGAAUGUUCUUGGGGUCACUUGGUUGGAGGCUUGGAAAGAAGUGUGCCACAGACUGGAAAUUAAAGGUGUUACAUACUUGUUUCGGUGGCUUUCCCCCCCGCCCAGAACAGCCAUUCCUUGGCCUCGUAAAGUUCCCUACAAAGAGACGGAUUAAAACUCUUGAGAAAAAGCUUUCCAUACUAAUAGAGAACAUCGACAGCCCUGUUGACAGCGUUAGUUGAAUUUAAUUCUUCCUCACGAGCGGGAUGGUGCUGUAUAAGGGAAUGAGCGCCGGACAGAAGUUCUCCUCUGGGUGGUAGAUUUCCUGCUUCAUUUGGGACACGGGGGACACUUUGUUUUGGGACAUCGACGGGCCAGAACAAUUUCUUCCUUUUUUUUCCUUGGGAAAAGAAGCUGGCGAGGGUUGUUCUUUCUGACCAGACCUUGCUAUUCUCCCUCCCGGAGUGUUGGAAUGGAUUUGACAAAUGUUCAAGUGCAGGAAUGGGUUCUUUAAAAAGCAGGUCUGCAAGGCACGUGAAGGAACUGUAACACUUGGUGUGACGGGGGUUUAUAGUUUUUGUUUUUGGGCUAAAAUAUCAGUAUCUGUGAUGCUGAAUUGCAUUCAAAGCCCAGGGGAAUGGGUAAGGAGACACCUCUCCUCCAAGGAAACACCUAAAUCUCUUGUGGGUGCAGUUGCAUGCGGGAGGUGGCUGCAAGGUUUGCACUGAGCUUAACCGUUCAGUACCUGGAUCCAGGCAUGCUGAGCCCAUCUUGGGGUAGAUACCACACAGGCCAUUCUUGAAGCCUUGUGGGCGAGGAAGCUGGUGGUGUGUGUUCCAUUAUUUAAAACAAAUAUUUUAUAAAGUUCUUUUGCUCUUGCA